AUGGCACUGGGCGUUACGGCGCUCACUGUACGACUGCCGUACAGUGACAAUCCCUCAUGCGCGCCGCUGCUGGGCUCGUACUCGCUCAGCAAGAUUGACGACGGCACGGAGGAGGGCGAUGGCGGCGGCGAUGGACCGUGCGCGCGAGCGGGAACAGCUAAGGGCCCGGCGGCCGCCGCCUCCGCCUCCGCUACUAGGUGUACUGGCACCGGUGACGGCAGCGGCAGCGGCGGCGCCGCCGCCGUGGCCUUUUCCCCCCGUGGCUUGGUCGACUGCUCCAGCGCCACACUCCGCGGCAAUGAGGGCGCGCUGGCGGGCGCUGAGGUGUGCGAGCGGCCGACUACGAAAGGCUCUCGCAAAGUGCAAGGCGAAGACCGUUCAUACAACCGAGGCCAAUUUGACCACCUCGAGAAGCGGGCCAGCCAAUCCCAUAACCCGCGCGCAGUUGAUCCCAUACUACUACCCGUAUCCCAGUUCUUACCCAACAACAUCUUUAGCCUUCACAAUAUCCUCUCCCUCAAAUUUCACAACUUCCUCAAAUUCCUCAAAUUCCUCAAUCCUUCACCAUGUCCUCGGAUGCCGCACCUGCUCGACAGAUUCCCUGCGAGCGGCCGCCACAGUAGUUCGCAAAGUAAAAGUGUGCCGCAAUCAACGGCCUGA